AUAAAAAUAAUACAUUUAAUAUUAAUUAACAUAUAAUAAAAUCAAAUAAUAUUUGGACAUAAAAAUAGAAUUGUAUGUUCAUACUUUAAUAUUAUGACCUCAAACGCUAAAAGGACGAUUUAUGUGGGAGGCUUAGCAGAAGAAGUUGAUGAAAAAGUUCUAAAUGCUGCUUUCAUUCCAUUUGGUGACUUAGUUGAUAUUCAAAUGCCAAUCGAUUAUGAAAGUGAAAAGCAUAGAGGUUUUGCUUUCAUUGAAUUUGAAAGCCCCGAAGAUGCUGCAGCUGCUAUAGACAAUAUGAAUGAUGCUGAAUUAUUUGGUCGAACAAUAAGAGUAAACUUAGCAAAACCCCAGCGAAUAAAAGAAGGUAGUACUCGUCCAGUAUGGUCAGAAGACUCAUGGCUUCAAAGACAUGCCGGGGCUACAUUGAACAAUGAUGAUAAACCAGAAGCCGAAGCAGAAACAGGAUCAAAGACUAAUAAUGAUGUCCAACCAGAAGAACAAGCAAAGAAAAAUCCACAAGUUUAUUUGGAAAUUGAAAUAGGCAAUCAAAAUGUAGGAAGAAUUAUCAUAUUGCUUAGAGCAGAUAUUGUUCCAAAAACUGCUGAGAAUUUCAGAUGUUUAUGCACUGGUGAGCAGGGAUUUGGUUAUGCAGGAAGUGUGUUUCAUAGAAUUAUACCAGAAUUUAUGUGCCAAGGAGGUGAUUUUACAAAUCAUAAUGGUACUGGUGGAAAAUCAAUAUAUGGACGAAAAUUUGCUGAUGAGAAUUUCACACUUAAACACACUGGCCCAGGAAUAAUGUCUAUGGCCAACUCAGGGCCUAACACAAAUGGAAGCCAAUUUUUCAUAUGCACUGAAAAGACUGAAUGGUUAGAUGGGAAACAUGUCGUAUUUGGUCAAGUCAUUAGUGGUAUGGACAUCAUAAAAAAAAUGGAAAGGUGUGGAACCAAAUCUGGUACUCCUAAUCAGAAAGUUAAAAUAGUGAAUUGCGGAGAACUUAAAUAA